GCGGAGGCCCGGCCUGUGUGAGGGCGGACCCCGGAGGCGCCGAGGCCAAUGACGGGCCGCGGGAGACGGCGGGGCGGGGAGGACGGCCGCCGCAUGCCCAACCCGAGGCUUGGGAGGUGGCUGGGGAGUGAAUAUUCUGGAAGGCGACUUUAAAGGCGCUGGGCCGGGGCGAAGGGCGUUUCGGGGCGGCCGCCGGCCGAGCUGGGAGGGGGCGCGCUCAGCGGCAGGGAGCGAGGCCGCCGCGGACCCCGCAGGAUGAACCACAAGAGCAAGAAGCGGAUCCGCGAGGCCAAGCGGAGCGCGCGGCCGGAGCUCAAGGACUCGCUGGACUGGACCCGGCACAACUACUACGAGAGCUUCCCGCUGAGCCCGGCGGCCGUGGCGGAUAACGUGGAGCGCGCAGACGCCCUGCAGCUGUCCGUGGAGGAGUUCGUGGAGCGCUACGAGCGGCCGUACAAGCCCGUGGUGCUGCUGAACGCCCAGGAGGGCUGGUCGGCGCAGGAGAAGUGGACGCUGGAGCGCCUGAAGCGGAAGUACCGCAACCAGAAGUUCAAGUGCGGCGAGGACAACGACGGCUACUCGGUGAAGAUGAAGAUGAAGUACUACAUCGAGUACAUGGAGAGCACGCGCGACGACAGCCCGCUCUACAUCUUCGACAGCAGCUACGGGGAGCACCCCAAGAGGAGGAAGCUGCUGGAGGACUACAGAGUGCCCAAGUUCUUCACCGACGACCUCUUCCAGUACGCGGGCGAGAAGCGCAGGCCGCCCUACAGGUGGUUCGUGAUGGGGCCGCCGCGUUCCGGAACAGGGAUCCACAUUGACCCUCUGGGAACCAGCGCCUGGAACGCUUUGGUUCAGGGCCACAAGCGCUGGUGCCUGUUCCCCACGAGCACCCCCAGGGAGCUCAUCAAGGUGACCCGAGAGGAAGGAGGCAACCAGCAGGAUGAGGCCAUCACCUGGUUCAGCAUCAUCUACCCCCGGACACAGCUUCCGACCUGGCCGCCCGAGUUCAAACCCUUGGAGAUCCUGCAGAAGCCGGGAGAGACUGUCUUUGUGCCAGGAGGCUGGUGGCAUGUUGUCCUCAACCUCGACACCACCAUUGCCAUCACCCAGAAUUUUGCCAGCAGCACCAACUUCCCCGUCGUGUGGCACAAGACGACACAGCACGGGCAGCGGCAGUGCCAGCCACCCCCAGCCACCCCGUGCCACUGUGUCCCAACCCUGACCUGGAGGGACCAGCUCUCGGGGAUCCUGAAGCAGGAGCACCCUGAGCUGGCGGUGCUGGCCGACUCGGUUGACCUCCAGGAGUCCACGGGCAUGGCCUCCGACUCCUCCAGCGACUCAUCCAGCUCGUCCAGCUCCAGCUCCUCGGAGUCGGACUCGGAGUGUGAGUCGGGGUCUGAAGGCGACGGCAUGAUGCAUCGCAGGAAGAAGAGGAGGACGUGCGGCCCGGUGGGCAACGGGGACACCACCUCCCAGGACGACUGCGUGAGCAAGGAGCGCAGCUCCUCCAGGAUUAGGGACACCUGUGGAGGCCGGGCGCACCCCUGAGCGCAGACUCCCCCCGAGGUGGCUGUUGGCGGCCUCCCAGCUGGGUUCUCGCCUCUUCCGCUCCCACCUUCUCCUUUGCCUCCUGGACUCUGGAUCUCCCCUUCUGGUCCUCGCUCCUGUCUUCGGUCAGUGCUGUGUUAACUGAGAGUAGAGUUCAAGAAGCUGAAAGCCCGGCCAGCUCCGUGAAGCCUGCGGCGAACAAGACGUUGGCUAAGAAGGUUCUGUGCGCGCUCGUUCUGAGCUGAGCCAGAGCAGAGGGCUCCGUGUCUCACUGUGUCUCACUGUGUCUGUCAGCUCACUGCUGUUGCUAGGGAGCGGCGCCGGCUGUGCACAAGCAGACGCAUCGAGCGGUGAGUGGCUGACCUGCGAGGGAACCAGUCGUGUGUGAGGAGGGCCGUGAGCGCGUGCCGCCUUCCUGGAUGUCGCCCGGCGUCCGCAGACGGGGCAGUGCCUGGCCGCGUGCCCAGCGCCAGGGCCCGGUGCUCGGCCCCGUCUCGCUCUCCCUCGUCUUUGCCCCGCGUCAGCCGCUGUGGCGCUGCAGGGAUGCUGUGUGGUGGUUUGGGAGGGCAGGGGAGACGCUGGAGAGGUAUUCCGCGAGUUCCACCACAGAACAGCCAGGUUCUCUCCCAGCACGCGCCCGUAAGGAAGGGGACCCCACGACUGGGCCCGUUUCUCCCUGCGGACGUUAGUGAGUGGCCAGCAGGACGCAGAGGCUGCCGCCAGGCCCUGGAGCCAUCUCCGCAGGUCACUGGUGUGGACACUGGGGGCUGUCCAGCUCUUGCCCUCCCGAGUCACCCGCUUGCCUUAAUCUGUCCGUAGAUUCCGCUGAAUUUAAGUGAAAAUAAGGGGUCAUCCAGGUCACACCCUGUCACGUGCAGUCUGGGUUGGAGUGGAAGGAACGGCUCACGGUGGCCAGCAGCCAGUGGCCAGAGGGGGGCGGGGACGUCGUGCUCUGUUGCCUCUCAGCACCACCUACAAACAGGUGUGACCAAGGGAGCUCGCACCUCUGGCGGGUGGGUCAUCGCAGACUGGUCAUCGUCCCUGACCCUGGGGCGUGUGCUCUGCUCCGGGAGACUGGUCCUGUUAGUUCGGUUUCCCGCACCUGCUGCUGGCCGAGUGUCUGCUCCCUGCCUGUCUCACCUGCUGAUCGCUGCCUUUGAAGCAGGCCGGGCAGCGGCUCCCUCUGGCCCCUGGUGGCCCGGGUGUGCCUGGGUUGAAUUAAGUCAAGCUCUGAAUGUGGACUGUCUCGGUACUGAUACCCGAAUGGUGUUCCUCCUCUGCUUUUCACAAGCCUUUUCUUGCCGUCCUUAAAAAGCUUUUUUUCUUUUCCCCAGCAUUUGACCCUUUUCCCCUCAAUUCCGAACCAGUCAGCUUUUCUGUAAUAUAUUUAAGUUUGAAAUAAAAAGCGAAGGCUCUUUGCCACCAGGGGGCGCCGUGGGCCAAGUUGCCAAGGGGCAGAACUUGGACUAGAAAGAUGGGCGGCCCAGUCCUGCUGCUCCAGCGCUCUGGGCUCCUGUCUGAUGAGUGGUUUCCAGGGGGCCUGGCCUCUGUGACUGCUCCGUCUCCCGGAAGCGUCCAUGCAGCUGCUUGGCUGUGCCGCCCCCUCAGUAACCGUGGAUCGUGUUUUAUUCGUUGUAGGCAGGCCAGGGAUUCCACAGCCCCCACCUGGCGGUGGGGGUGUGUGUGUGCGGGCAGCCAAGCAGGCGGCAGAAGGAGCAGGUGGGAAAACCAACAGAAAAACACUGGAGCAGUGACCAGGUACCGGCACCGGGCAGGAAGUAGUGUGACCAAAGUGUCCACCUGUUCAGUUAGCGCCCGUUCCCACCUGGCACGAACCACCCCCUUGGGUAGCGUCACAGUAGGAAAGUGAGGCGUGCACAAGUGACAGCCGAGCCUGCAACUGAAGAGCUGGGUCCCAGAACAGACCUGGGGCUGGUGACCACUGCUGAGGAGGAGCGGGGUGGGCCAGACUGAGUGCGGGACCCGGGUCCCCAGCACUGUGGGAGUGAGGUUUCCCCAUCAGCCCCAAGAAUCCAGAGCCGCACGCAGCUGCCCCAGGGUCGUUACUGGUGCUGGGACGUUUAAGGGAGAGCCGCUGAAAACGGGCGUUACCACACAUGGCUCUGUUCCUGCAGCUGCCUGCUUAGUCAUUGAAGCAUGGACAAGUGUCGUAGCAGGCGCUGCCCUCGGUUCCAUUUGUUGCACUGAGAGCCCCGAUCCCUGGCCUGGAGUUGAAUGGUCGUUGAACGUGCUGUGGUUCACAGGGCCAGCCGGCGUGAGUCAGCCUUAUCUUAUUGAUGAGCCCACGGCUUGGCCGAGGUGGCCGACGUGCCGUAGGAGCAGCUGGUGCACGUGUGGUGCAAACCCACGGGGGCUCCUCAGCCUGGGUAGGGACAGACGGGGCGUGGCAGUGAGCGCAAGGGUGCCGUCUAGGAGUAGGCCUGUAGGAAGGCGGCCGUGGGUUCUAGUGUGUGUAGCAUUUCGGCAAGUACGGUGUUCUGGUGUGUGUGCUGAUGUUGGUGGGGUCGAGGUAGAAUCUGGUGUCUCCCUGCACACUGCCUCCCCCGCCCCCCCCCCCCAGCUUUUGUCAAAAGUGUUACAUUGAUGUGAUGUUGUGAGCUCGGCCCCCCUGCCGGCGGCUCACCGGGUGUCAUUGUUUGGGAGAACUGGAAUCCUGGCGCCCAGUGCCGGUCUCUGCUGGGACGUAGCCCUGGCCGCCGUGCCCACGGUGACAGGCUGCAGAAGAGCUGGGCUGUCCUGAGCACCCAUGCCUCUGCCUCCCAUCACUGUGGGCUUCGCCGCCCGUGGGUCUGCCCUGGGCUUGGUAUUUUUAACGUGGAUGAAACUUAUUCAUCAUUUUAAAUAAAGCAACUUGAUUUGGA